AUAACAACAACCCACCCCCGCCCCAGUCUCCAGUCUCCAAUUCCAGAUUUCUUCUCAAUGUAUGACUCCUCUAACUAAAAACUAUUCAUUGUUUCUGUGAAGACCUGCUUAUGGCUUUUAGUUAUUGGUGAUGAUAAUCUUUUUUUUUCCCCAAAUAUGUGAAAUAAGGUUGAUAAAAAGAAGUUUUCAUUGCAACAUAUCUUGGGAGAAUUUUUAAACAAUCUGUUAAAGAACAAAAUACCCCUGGGAAAUAAUUGUUUUCUGACUCAGGUGCUUCCUUGAGGUGGUUGGUCCAGACAUUUUAAAAGGACUAAAGAUGACUAGUCUUGAUUCUUCAGAUCUAAGGAACAUUUGGAGAGAUAUUUUUAAAGGUUGGCUAGGAAGCAUCAGGUGGUGUUGGUGUUACUUGAAAGUCUCAAAUGUAGACAGGUGCAAAAUGUUAGCUUAGGUUUUAGAUGCUAGAAUGAUUUCUUCUUCCUUGGGGAGAGUUCAAGGAGUUUUCAGCUAAUCUUUCUAUUCCAUCUCUGUACUCACACCUGUCUCUGGAAGCUCUACAGGUAUUCUAAUCAGGCAGGUUCAAGAUCUGAAGUCAGGAUUCUGCCAAGAGAGCCAGAAAGGUUUAAUUCACUGGCCUUGCUUCCAUCAUGAGUGCAGAGCUCAAUGUCCCCGUGGACCCUUCCCCGUCUGCUUGCUCUGAACCAGGUAAUAAAGGGAUGGAUUAUCGGGACUGGGUUCGUCGCAGCUACCUGGAAUUGGUCACUUCUAAUCAUCAUUCAGUUCAAGCCCUUUCUUGGAGGAAGCUCUACCUGAGCAGGGCCAAGCUCAAAGCUUCCAGCCGGACUUCCGCCUUGUUGUCUGGAUUCGCCAUGGUGGCCAUGGUGGAGGUGCAGUUGGAGAUGCAAUACCAGUACCCCCAGAUGCUCCUCAUCGCCUUCAGCGCCUGCACUACGGUGCUGGUGGCCGUCCACCUCUUUGCCCUCCUCAUUAGCACUUGCAUCCUGCCCAAUGUGGAAGCUGUGAGCAACAUCCACAACCUGAACUCCAUCAGUGAGUCCCCCCAUGAGCGCAUGCACCCCUACAUUGAGCUGGCCUGGGGCUUCUCUACCGUUCUGGGGAUCCUCCUCUUCCUGGCAGAGGUGGUGCUCCUGUGCUGGAUCAAAUUCCUCCCUGUGGACUCGAGUGCGAAAGACGGGCCUAAUUCCAAGCCAGGGCCAACCAGCCACACGGGCUGGCAGGCUGCCCUGGUGUCCACCAUCAUCAUGGUGCCUGUGGGUCUCAUCUUCGUGGUGUUCACCAUUCACUUCUACCGUUCCUUGGUCCGACACAAAACUGAGCGGCACAAUCGGGAGAUAGAGGAGCUUCACAAACUGAAAGUCCAAUUGGACGGCCAUGAGAGGAGCUUGCAGGUUGUGUGAGUAGCUGGACACCCUGGGGGGCGGGGGGCGCAUCUUUGUCAAGGGCAGAAAAGCUGGAAAUAAAACAGGCAUUUUGUUCACGGGAGCGCAAGCGUUGCUUGAGUUUUUUGGAAUUGUAAAAAUCCAGAUUGUUAACUCCUGUUUCUGUGAGGCUGCUUAGACACGGCCAAGUAGUUCAAGACCAACAUUUUAUUCAGUCUCAAUACCAUAGCAAUCUGUGGGAAACGAUCCCUGAGAUAAUGGAAAGAUUUUUAAAUAAGAAACUGUUGCCAAGAGUAAGUUUCCCUUUCCCUUCCCAUGUAACAAAAGUAAACUAUUUUGGGAGGUGAAGAGACCGGCCUCCUGAGGCAUGGGCAUGCAUGGUGGGGCGGGAUCUUUCCUGGGCUUCAGCAGAGGUGCUGGCUUUUAAGAAGAGCCUCAGUGUCGGAAGUGGCCACAUAAUCACCCCUUUUCCUACAAGUCGCUAACAAGGAAUGAUCCGGGACAGUGCCUGGAGCUGAGUCUCCCUUCCUGGCCUCUUGCUGUGGCCUCUACACCCCGGGGAGGAAGGGCGGUGAAGAUGCACCUGGAAUCCUGGUAUGGUCAUGUGUUCUGAGCCCAGGAGGUCGUGCAGAUGUGCUGGGAGCAGGCAGUCGUGUAAAUCGCCAAGAAGCCGCGCGCACCAUCCGCCCCCUUGCCCGUGAGUCACUGACACCCUCUGGGCAGUCAGGGAUAGGAGACUUAUUCCUAGGACUCACCAAAGCUGCCAAAGAUUUUUUCCUUCCACCCCGCAUUCCCUGGCGCAUCCUGCGCUCUCCCAGAUGUGCAGCCCACCGCUGCCCUGUGACAUUUGGAAAGCAUGUCUUGGGCGAGCUGCAAAGCCUUCUUACCCGUCCCUGAGGGGCAUCCUGUUUGAUAAAACUAUAUCCAGUCCCCUGGUGGGAGAGACAGGUUAGGGUCAUCUUCCCAGCAGGCCCACUUGAGGGAUAGCAUCCCUGAGGCUUCCUGUCCCCCUCUCUGGAUCACAGGGCUUUUGGAGUUGGAAGGGACCUCCCUCAGAGGUCACUUGGGUCUUGCUCUCAUCCCCUCACUCUCGGGGGGGGGGGGGGCUAUUUUAAUUGCUCUGAUCUGGGCCGUGGACCCCAGCAAGGCCCACCAGCUUGCACUUAGACCGAUUGGCUUUGUGGCUCAGUAGGACCACUGUAACUUCUUGUGAAGACCCAGGUCUGCAUUUCCUUUCUGUAAGGUUAAAAGAUUGACCUAAUUGCUUCUCCACCAUGAUUACUGGUCAGAGUAGGAUCGUCUCAGGAAGGGUUCUUAACCUGGGGUUCACAAAUACAUUAGGAGGCCAUGGGUAGACUUUAGGGGGCUCACAAACUUGGAUGGGAAGAAAGUACAUCUGUUUUCACUAUAACCUCUAACUGAAAUUUAGCAUCUCUUCCCAUUAUAAAUUAUUAUUAUUAUUAUUAUUUUUGGGGUGAGGCAAUUGGGGUUAAGUGACUUGCCCAGGGUUACACAGCUAGUAAGUAUCAAGGGUCUGAGGCCAAAUUUGAACUCAGGUCCUCCUGAAUCCAAGACCAGUGCUCUUUCCACUGUGCCACCUAGCUGCCCCCCAUUGUAAAUUUUUAAAAAAUGAAUUCUGAGUCUGUAGGCUUAACCAGACUGCCCAAAGGGUCCAUGACACAAAAGAGACGUCCCCAUCUCGUGUCCUCUGAGAAGAAUCCAAGUGGCCGUGGACCUCAGGGUUCCCCUGGUGCUUGUCAGGGUCAUCUCUGAGUCAGAAGGUUUGGAAUGGAUGGCCUUGGUUGUAUUUACAUGAAACAAGCCCUGCCGUCACUGGCAAGCUUUGUGCUUGUCCUUACAGAUGCCUGUGGAGUUCCGUGGGCCCCUUAUCUCUAAUGGCAGCUUAACCGAGUUACUUCUGAGAGCCUAUGCCACCUCUGCUUAUGACGUCCUUGAAGGCCUAUGGAGCAACACGCUCUUGCCAACGAUGUUAAAAACAUCUCCUUGAAAUGUGAAGCGCUUUCCUGUGAGGGAUGUGGGGAAUUCCUAAUAGAAGUUGUUGCUGUGAUGUUGCGAGCACAAAAGCGACCCUGAGUUGUUGAAGGCCGCAGUGGUGGCCCAGACACUGCUGAAGCCUGGCCACGUGCACGGUCAUGGUCGCCACUUGGUGCCACCAGGCCACGCUAGCCAUGGCGGGCCUGCGAAGUUCCGUCCCAUUAAGCCGAAGACAAAUCUUGAAAUACUUGUCUGGCGUGCCCCCACACAACAGCGUUUAGACAUUUCUCUUUAAUGUGUUUCUGUUGGAUCUGUGCCCUUUAAUCUCAUUGGACAUGCUUGAUUUACCAUUGUAAGCCCUGCAAAAAUAUGUAAGUCGAGAUCCCCGCACGAAGACAGCUUUGCAUUUGGCAACAUGAUGCACAAGGAGCACUGUGCAGAGACAUCCUGGCUCUUCUCCAAUAUGAUCCACAAGGGAGCUCGAGACCGGUCACUGCGAGACACCUUGGCCUCCUAUUCUUACCUAGAAUUCCUGGCCCAGCCACAGAUGUGCCGUGGAGCUUUAAGCUUCCUACUGCUGUGGCUGGAUGGCCCUGAGCUGCCACCUAAGGGCCUCCAGACUUUUAAAAGGAGCUGUCAGUUUUCUGGCCAAAGUUGACCCUACUCAGAGCGGCUGUUAGAACAAAUACUGCCUUCGAGACUUGGGCCCAUCUCAUAAUAAAUGUGGAACAGAAGCAGCAGUGCUGUUGGAGAGGUAUUACCUCCUCCGCCAUGGGGGACCCAGAAGUCCCCUUUGGGCCUUUGCGAAGCUGUCUUCUGUUCUGUCCGCUGUGGGUGUGACAGCACAUGGAAUUGAUUGCAGCCAAUAAAGUGAGCAAAUUAGGUUGCAAACUAGGAAAAAAAAAAUCUGGAAAAACAAACCUUGGUGGGCUCUUGGGUUCCAGUUCUCCAAAGCUGCACAUUGUUUAGGGAUGGUCUCGCAAGAAUUACCGUAGCGUAAUGGAUCAAUUACUUGUCAGUUGAUUGACCCUUGGUGAUGCCCUGACUCCUCCAGUCCUUGGACUGCUCUGGAGGUUCAGAACCAUUGUUGGCUCCCACUCUGGGGAGUGUGGGGGUCUCCCUGCACUUGUUCCAGCUAAACUCAAAUCCGAAGGCACAAGGGAGCAGGUUGGCCUAUUAUUUUCUAAUUAAGUCCUAGCUGACAGAACACUUCUCUGUCCCAGCCUUCAGUGCUUGUCAAACCUUAGCCCUCAAAUAUUUGGAGAUGACUCCGAAUAUAGAGCACCUCCAUUUGAUAUUUGUCAUGGUUUCAAAAUUCACUCAUUUGUAUUUUAGUCAAGAAGGCCGGAUAUUUUUAAGCAUCCAGCAAAAAAAAUCACAUUUUCAAGUGAGGUCUCUUUUACAACAGAAUGAUCCAACCUCAAAGGCAAUAAAGGUGGCAUUUGGGGAGACAGUCAUACCUCUGGGUGGCUUUAAUCUUUAUCAGUGCAUGGAAAUCAUGUAAAGCAUAUAUAUUGUACAUAAUCCCUCUUCCACAUGAGCUGAAUAAAUAACUGAAGCCAUAAAAAGCUUGUCCGAUUUUGUGUAGUUUCAAAGA